GUCGAGAUAUUAGCGUUGAAGUUUUAUAGACUCUUCCUCAGACUUAGACGCCGCUCGUGAUCUAAAAAGUUGCUUCCCGGAGAAGAGAAGAAGAGAGUAACAAAAAUGGCGACUAACGCACAGCUCUCCCAGAAGGAAUCUGACAUCAAAAUGAUGUGUGCCGCUGAGGUUCACCUCGGUACCAAAAACUGCAAUUACCAGAUGGAGCGUUACGUCUUCAAGCGUCGCAACGAUGGUAUAUAUAUAUUCAACCUUGGGAAAACAUGGGAGAAGUUGCAGAUGGCUGCUAGAGUCAUCGUUGCCAUUGAGAACCCACAAGACAUCAUUGUUCAAUCUGCUAGACCUUAUGGACAAAGAGCUGUGUUGAAGUUUGCUCAGUACACUGGUGCUAACGCCAUUGCUGGAAGACACACUCCUGGUACUUUCACCAAUCAGAUGCAGACUUCCUUCAGCGAGCCUAGGUUGCUCAUUCUCACAGACCCUAGGACUGACCAUCAGCCAAUCAAGGAAGGUGCUUUGGGAAACAUCCCAAUCAUUGCUUUCUGCGACACUGACUCUCCCAUGAGAUUUGUCGACAUUGGGAUCCCUGCUAACAACAAGGGAAAGCACAGCAUUGGUUGUCUUUUCUGGCUUCUUGCUCGCAUGGUCCUUCAGAUGCGUGGAACCAUCCGUCCUGCACAGAAGUGGGAUGUCAUGGUGGAUCUGUUCUUUUACAGGGAACCUGAGGAGGCUAAGCAACCUGAAGACGAAGAGGCUGCACCUCAGGCAGAUUUUGGACUCCCUGCACCUGAAUAUGGAGCUGCCGGUGGAGAAUGGACCACUGCUCAGAUUCCUGAUGCUUCAUGGACAGGAGAUGCUCAGCAGCCAAUCAGUGCUGCUCCUGCUGCUGCUUCUUGGAAUGAUGACAGUGCUGCAGAUGGAUGGGACACAGCUGUGCCACCCACAUCAGCAGUUCCAGCUGCUGGUUGGGAGUAAUUUUGUUGGUCCUGUUUGAGAUUCAAGAGUUUUAGCUUUUUGUUUUCUUCUCAAUUGUUUCUCUUUAAGACCUUUAGAUAUUAGUUUUGCGGCUUUACUUGUUGUUUUUAAUUGAAUUUCUACUAAAUUAUCUUUUCUCAUCUGUUAUUUUUUACCAAGAAUCUCUCUACCUCAUGUGUUUUUGAUCAUAAAACUUAGAAAUUGCGUAA